GCGGUCAGAGGGUGGGCAAGGGAGAAUAGUGACGGGUUUUGCGUUUAGGGAGGAACUGAGAGAUGGCACUUUCGGACGGAUAAUCGGAGGGUUUGCGCUGAGAUAAUUGCGCUUCGAUCGACUUUCUCUUCUUACCAUUCCUGACUUUCCUCUGCGUUCCGGUCCUCCUUGAGACAGUGAAGUUCGGGAGGGGAAGGGACUGAAUUGGGUUGCGGGAAGGAGAAACAGGCGCGACAAUUUAGUAAGGAUGAGCCAUCACUAAGGGGAGGUUAAGUUGUAAGCAACCCUCAGGAGACUAUGAGAGCGAGAGUCUGUCUUCCCCGGACUUCCUGAUUGGGAUCGGGAUCUCUGCUAAUUUGGAUUUUGCGGAAGACUCCUAGACUUACUUCGUUACCUCUUGCCUGCUUCUAACUAGUAUCGAUAGUAUCGAUGGCUUGAGGGGAAGCGGGAUCUUUCCUGAACCUGGAUCCAGAUCACAUCAGAAAUCUCGCAGUGAAGGAAUCGAGGGAAUGCAAGAUAGAAGGAUAGCAGUAAGUCGGGAGGAAGGCUCGAAGAAGAGGAAGGCAGCCCGAAUACUCUAGAUUCAAAUAGGGCGAUGCGGAGCUGAAGGCGAGGCACGAUAAGCCUUUGAAUCUAGUCUGACGAUGAUCAGGAAGGAUUAACCGCUGCCUAAUUAACUAGUUCUGCGGACUUUGGAAGGUGGAAGAUGACUGGUAGGAGAGCACUAAUAAAAUUUUAUCUUUUAACUAAGAUACGACUUCUCCAUCAAUAGUCGAGACUGAGCUUCCCUCUAUGAUCCGAGAAUGAGGACGAUCAUCAAGAAGGAUCGGGUCUGACCUGCUUGUCAAGAGUUAUCUCGUGAUGUUAAGGAAGCUUUCUCGAGUUGCUGGCUCUGAAUUUAAUCUCGCCUUCUUGAAAUGUUUUUCUCCCUCUCUCUUUUUCGCCGUCUUAAAUUCGCCCAUCCCUGCAGACAUCUCUGAGGAACCACUGAUCUACCAUUAUGAGUUUUUUCCUACGAUUUGCUCGAGAUAUUCAGUUCUGAAAGGUUGGUAGGAAGCGCCUUGAUCUCAGUCUCCUGAUUCAAUCUUGGUAAUUAGAAGAUCGGCGCAGCUUGGCGGCAUCUAUCCGAAGAAACAAAGCUGAUCAUGAUGAUGAGACUGACAUUCGCUGUUGGGGGAAGAGUGGGGGACUGGACUACUGUGGUUCCAAAGACAGUAGUAGACGUUUACGGAGAUGAAGCAGGACAAGCUUUGGUGAAAGAAUGGGAGGAGAUGAGUGUGGUCGAGAAUGGAAUGGCUUCAAAUCUAGCUUUUGGCGGCGGACUUGGGAACUACCGAAUUCUUGAUCGAGCGAACGGGACGCUGUUACCGAUCGAGAGAUCCGACAUUUUUCGUAACUGGGGUAAGGAGAAACUGAGAGCGAGUUUUGGGAGGGAACAUAGACUCCAAGCGGAAGAUGGACUGGAUGUUCUUUUCGAACUUUUUAACCGCAAUGUCUUUUGUGUGGUAGACAAAUUGAGUGGAAAAAGGAAGAUUUGGGUUAUUGAGAAGGGAGUUGUUGAGAAGAUGAUGGAUCAUUGGAUCCUAGGUGAAUUGCUUGCCGGAUUCGUGGUGGCAAGAAUGUUUGGGAGAACUAUCGAUGUGCUAAACAAGGACGAACUGAGGAUUGUGAAGGAAGCAUGCGAGGCAGAAAACAGAGCCUGGAAGGGGAGAGGAAGGUGGGAGUUCGCGGCACUGGGACUAAUUAUCGCCUUCACUGGAAGUUCUAAAAGGGAAUUAGUUACAAACUUAUUGAAGGGAAUGGGAGCAAUUGAAUGGGAAGGCUUCGGAAUUGCAGAAGUGAAGGCACUCAUCGCAAGGACCCUGAAGGAAGCCUCAGAGGAAGACAAGAAGACGCUCCAGAUUGAAGAACUUUUCAAAUUUGGCGAAGGAGCCUGGAUCUCCAGUCUAAGCCACUCAAGACUAGGCUUGGAUUUCAGCUCCGAUUUCGCAGGAGGAGGAGGGGCAAACCUAAACUUCGCAGUGAAUUGGUGCUCAGUCACUGAGUGUCGCGUCCCAAAUGCUCGACCUAUCUUCAUUCCGCUCUCACCUUCAACAGAGCCGGUAGUAACAAACCAAGAACUGGCAUCCCACCGAAGAAAGCGGCAAGAUGGUACUCCGAUCAGUUCAGCUCAGCCAAGGACAAGCCCUCCUAACUCACGGUCGGAGUCAGGACGCUACUUCGACAUGUCUUGAUCCAUCCUCUACCUAAGGAUCCACUUUUCAGGCCUUGUUUCUGCUUAAGCAUAGAGUCAUAAUCCUAGACUAAGCCUGCUUAUUAGGAGUCCAAACUCUACUAUUGUUCCCAGAUAUGGCUAGGAUUAUGACCAUGACCGACUGCCUAUUUGUGUUAGUUGAGGUCUCUGCAUUUUAAAGAACUCAGCCCCUUCCAGCUUCUGAUUCGGCAGGAACUUUGGCCAUUUUUUCUUUUAAAUCUGUCUGUUCCUGAACUUCAAUUUCUUUAAAUCUUAUGGCAAUAUUGGUUCC